AACAAGAAAAAGAACGGCUUAACUCAAAAUAAAUUAACGAAAUGCUUUACUUGGUAAAACCAAAAAAAAGGCAACAAUCUAAUACUAUCCUCACGUGUACUAUGUUUAUGUAUACAGAUUGCUUAUGAUCAACUGUCACUGCUGACUAUACUCAGUUACAGUACUCACUAGUCACUAGCGGAAAGUUUUGUUAUAAAUGAAUGUUACCGGGUUCGCAUCAGAGCGCCACUAGUCUGCAUCAGUCCAUCAACAGCUUCGUGAUUGUAUAGCCUAAAAAACUGAAGCGGUUUACGUGUAGCUGUAUUUACCCUAAAUGAAGUCUUGUUGAAAUAUUUGUUUUAGUAUAAAAAAUACUUGAAUCAUGCCAGUUCAAGAACCCACCAUGGUUCAACAACCACCUCCUCAACUUAAUGGUCAAGAACCAACUCCGCCGGGUCAAGAAGUAACAGAAAAUGCGGCGCCGACAUCACAGCCAAUUGUUGGUAUUAUUUAUCCACCUCCUGAAGUCAGAAAUAUCGUUGACAAGACUGCUAGUUUUGUAGCUAGAAAUGGCCCAGAAUUUGAAUCAAGAAUUCGACAAAAUGAAUUGGGAAAUCCCAAAUUUAAUUUUCUCAAUGUCGGUGAUCCAUAUCAUAGUUAUUAUCAGCAUAAAGUUAAAGACUUUAAAGAAGGUAAGGGUCAAGAACCUUCAGCAACUGUUACAAAAGGUGUUACACCAGCAGCUCAACAAAAGCAGCAAGAAAUUUUAAAGCAGGUAGAACAGCCAUUUGUUCCUAAAGAACCACCUCCAGAGUUUGAGUUUAUUGCUGAUCCACCAUCAAUUUCUGCUUUAGAUUUAGAUACUGUGAAGCUGACAGCCCAGUUUGUAGCUCGUAAUGGACGUCAAUUUUUAACAAAUUUGAUGAAUAGAGAACAACGUAACUUUCAAUUUGAUUUUUUACGACCACAGCAUAGUUUGUUUCAGUAUUUCACAAAACUCUUAGAACAAUACACUAAGGUUUUAAUUCCUCCAAAAGACUUAAUUCCCAAGCUAAAAGAUCAAUCCUAUAAUUUUGAAAAGAUAUUAGAUGGAAUUGCAUAUAGAGCAGAUUGGAUUAAAUAUCAAGAUGCCCAAAAGCGAAAAGAAGAGGAAGAACAAGAAAGAGAGCGAGUAGCUUAUGCCCAAAUUGACUGGCAUGAUUUUGUGGUGGUUGAAACAGUUGAUUACCAACAAUUUGAAGUUGGUAAUUUCCCACCACCAACCACACCAGAUGAAGUUGGUGCUAGAGUUUUAAUGCAAGAACGUAUUGAAGAUGGUGAAGAUGUAGAAAUGCAAAUGGAAAGUGAUGACGAUACUGAAAUAUUACCUAGGAUUAUGGACAAUGAUAAAGAUAGGUCAAAAGAUAAUAAUCAAGUUCAAGACAUGGAAGAAGAAUCAAGUUCAGAAGAGGAAGAAGAACUUGCACCUCCUGGAGAGAGCCAUAAGAAAGACAAAGGAUCUAUGCAACCUCCACCUUUGCCACCCACGCCUGGCAAUGUUGUUGUUAAAAAAGGAUACGAUCCCAAACAACAUGCAUCCAAAGCAUCACGGCCGGCACCACCUGAUGAAUAUCUGGUGUCGCCGAUCACAGGUGAACGUAUUCCGGCUAGCAAGGUGCAGGAACAUAUGCGUAUCGGUUUGUUGGAUCCACGAUGGGUCGAACAACGUGACAAGCACCUCGACAAACUUGCUCAAGAGACUGUCUUCGCUCCUGGCACCGCUAUUGAAGCUAGUUUGAAACAACUUGCCGAAAGACGUACGGAUAUUUUCGGUGUAGGUGAUGAAGAAACUGCUAUUGGUAAAAAAAUUGGAGAGGAAGACAAGAAAAAAGAUGACAAAGUUACUUGGGAUGGUCAUACAAGCAGUGUGGAAGCAGCCACCAGAGCGGCUCGAGCAAACAUUACACUGGAAGACCAAAUUCAUCAAAUUCAUAAAGUAAAAGGUCUUAUACCCGAUGAAGAAAAAGAAAAAAUUGGUCCAAAACCAGUUACCCGUGUAUCCGAUUUGACUUCGAGUGCAGCAGCAGCAACAAAACCACAAGCAACUGUAAAAGCACCUCCUAAACCUCCUGCACCAAAACCAAUGCCACCACCACUUCAACCAGUGCAACAAGCACCUCUACCACCACCACAAAUGGCAAUGCCCCCAAUGGGCAUGCCUCAACCAAUGAUGGGUCAACCACCCAUGAUGAUGAUGGCACCUAUGCCACCAAUGGCUGCAAGACCACCACCUCCUUUACUUGCUCCAUCGAUUCCAAAUCCAUUUAUGCCGACGCCGCCUAGUAUGCCUCCAAUGCCACCCCAGAUGACUUUAGGCAAACAUCCUUCUGACUCUUUAGAUGACGAGCCUAUGGCAAAGAAACUCCGAACUGAGGAUUCCUUGAUUCCCGAGCAACAGUUCCUAAUGAGAAAUAACGGACCAGUUCAAUUGAACAUCUUAACACCACUAAUGACCGACAAGUCAGAUUGGAAUUUGGGAGGCCAGACGCUUGUUAUAGCUUUGCCAGUCACGGAAACAGUCGCUACACUAAAACUACGAAUUUCCGAACUAACUAAAAUGCCAACUGGUAAACAGAAAUUACAAUAUGAGGGAAUGUUCUUCAAAGAUAGUAAUACAUUAGCUUACUAUAAUUUGAUGUCAGGUAAUGUCAUUAAUUUGCUACCUAAAGAACGUGGUGGCAGAAAGAAGUAAAGUGCGAAAGAUUUUACAGCUUUUGCGAGUACAAAUAUGUACUUCGUAUUUUAUCAAAAGAAACGGAGCUUUUUACAAAUCUCAAAUAAGAUGAAAUCUCCUACUGUAAUUAUAUCAUAAUUGUACACAAGAAAUUUAGAUAAUUAACUUUCUUAGAUAAAAUCUAUUUAUGUUAAGUAUAAACAUGUAAAAAAAUUAGCUUCAAUAAUGACUUUAUUGACUUCAUAAAUUAAACUUUUUUUCAAGAA